AUGAAACGUAUCAACGCAGGUAAGUUAUGGCGCUCCGACAAUUGGACUUCUAAGGACUUUACGUUAUUUUAGUCAUUUUCGUUAUCAAAAAUGAACUUUCUGCGGACAAGGGCAAAUGGAUUUGUGCUGAAGUACUUGACUACUUGACCUUUGACAAUCUUGUCAUGUUUGUUUUACUGUAGCAUUUGUUUUGACGUGACGAGGACCCCGCCGCUUAUAAGCUUCGCACCGCUUGCGUGCUCUCUGAUCAGGUCGUUGCACAUUUUUAAUAUCAACUUUAUUCACUUACUGGCCUUCCUUACCUCUCUCCGUUUAUGAGGUUAGUAAGCCGUAGUUCGUUAGUUCGCGGGAACGACAUAACUUACGUCAUUGUUGACUCCCUACGUUAGCGCAGACUUAAGUUCUUUCCUUCUGUAACAUUUAAUGACAUUUAACGUCCUGUAUAUAUUUGCUAAAUUUUAGUUCAUUUACAUUUCCCGCUUACCUUUUCACGAUAUUGUGCUACCUAUAUUUUGCUUAUUAUGUCUUUCUCAACUCAACAACCUGGCGUUCCUGCCGAGUCUGUUCAUGCCGUCAAUUUCACUUUGUCUGAUUUCUGGCAACACGCCCCUGAACUUUAUUUUAUCCGCAUUCAUUCAGCCUUUUACUCCGCCAACAUUACGAAGGAGUUGUCGAAAUACCACAAACUUGUGGAGGUUCUCCCUGCCAAUAUUAUCUCACAAGUUCAACCCUUGUUAGUGAAACCCCCUGCAGACGCUCCCUAUUCUGCUCUGAAGGCGGAAAUCCUUCGUCUCAAUGCUGUAUCUGACCGAAAACGCUACCAACAGUUGAUCAAGGAGGAAUCACUGGGCGACCGGAAGCCCUCAUACCUUCUCCGACGAAUGCGUACUGUCUUAGGAGAUAUGCAGGUCGACGAGAAACUCGUUAAAGAGAUGUUUCUAGAGCGGCUGCCUGCAGAUGUCCAAACGAUUUUGGCAUCCGACUCGCAAGACCUUACACUUUCACAUCUUGCUGAAAUGGCAGACCGGAUGAUAGAGGUUCAACGGUUCCAGCCACCUUCCGUUGCUCAGAUUUCCACAUCCUCUUAAACGGUUAACGAGCAGUUACUGCAACAGAUGUCGGCUAUGGCGAAUGAGAUAGCCCCCCUAAAACUACAGCUUGCUCGCAUUACCUGUAGUCGCUCACCCAGCCAUCAUCGUUCACGUUCGCGACCUCGCACAGCCAAUUUGUGUUGGUAUCACGCAAACGUUGCCGCCAAGGCUCGCAAAUGUUCUUCCCCUUGUUCAUUUAAACCGAAACAGGGAAACCAGCCAGUCAGAGAAUAGAUGCGACCGUUUUCUCUGGCUCUCCCAGCUCUGGUCGCACCUUUUAUAUCUGCGACAAUGUGACUCGUAGGCGUUUCCUGGUGGACACCGGAGCCCAGAUCAGCGUGGUUCCCCCCACUCCAGUUGACCGCCGCUGUCCCAGCCCUGGUCUACAUCUCCAGGCUCCAAACUGUUCCCCCAUUUCCACUUUUGGUAGUCGUUCCCUAACGCUAAACAUUGGUUUACGUCGAUCAUUCUCCUGGAUAUUUGUGAUUGCCGAUGUGCCUCAUGCGAUCCUUGGUUCCGACUUCCUAGCCGAGUUUGAUCUCCUUGUUGACUGUCGGCGUUACUGUCUCCUCGACCGCACAACUGGUCUUUCUGUCCGCGGUCUUACACCCUUUAAUGACUCCUGCAAUUUAUCUGUUCUGGACACAGGUAUUGCUUGCCCAUACCGAGACCUGCUCCUCCAACACCCCAACAUAAUCAAACCCCAGUUUCGCAGUGGUGAGAUCCAGCAUGACGUUGUCCACCAAAUUCGCACCUCUGGCCCCCCAGUAUUCGCACGGCCUAGACGACUGGCUCCGUCCCGUCUACAAGCGGCGAAGGCCGAAUUUGAGCACAUGCUGCAACUGGGCAUAAUUCGGCCGUCCGAGAGUCCAUGGGCGUCCCCUCUGCAUUUGGUGUCCAAGGCGACAUCAGACGACUGGCGGCCCUGUGGUGACUAUCGCGCCCUCAACAAUGCGACCAUCCCGGAUCGUUAUCCGGUCCCUCAUAUUCAAGAUUUUGCUGGAGCUCUUUUCGGCAAAUCGGUUUUCUCGAAGAUUGACCUUGUUCGGGCCCUCCAUCAGAUUCCUGUCGCUCCUGAGGAUGUUCCCAAAACUGCCGUCACCACACCAUUCGGCCUGUUCGAAUUUAGUCGCAUGCCAUUUGGUCUUCGCAAUGCUGCCCAAACAUUUCAGAGGUUCAUUGACCGAGUCCUACGUGGUCUCCCGUUUGUGUACGCCUACAUCGAUGACCUCUUGGUGUCCAGUCGAAAUGCCGAGGAACACAAAGAGCAUCUUGCCUUAGUGUUUGACCGCCUCGAUCAGUUUGGCGUGGUCAUUAACCCUUCGAAGUGUGUUCUGGGUGUGCCGGCCCUUGAUUUUCUUGGUCACCAUGUCGAUGCACAAGGUUUGCGUCCUCCUCCCUUCCAAGGUUGA